AUGGGAUCAAGAAAGACUGCUUUAGUGAAGACAAGACUCAUGAGGGCCCUAAAGAGGAACAGAGAGAUUCCAGCAUGGAAGAGGAUGAUGAAGGAACACAAGGGAGAAUAUAACAGGGCAAGAAGGCACUGGAGGUCGAAGAAGUUGAAGAUCUAUUAA